AAAGUGUUACAUGGAGUUUUAUUUAAAAUUCGAUAUGGGCGCCAGCAUUAGCCACCAGUUUCUCAAGCCGCCUGGGAACCGCGUUAACUGAUUUCACAAGGAACUCUUGUGGGAUGGAAGACAUAACUUCUCCUAUUCCCCCUUCAAGUUCUUCCAAAGUCAUUGGUUUGGUAGAAUAGACUUGCUCCUUUAAUCAUGGAACAUACACAAAAAAAUGAGAAAAAUAUUUCUACAUAUGAAUAAGUAUUUUAAAAUAGGGAGUUACUUUUCACUCAACCAGUAUAUUUACGUCUUGCGCGAGUCCCGUGAGAGUGGGUCCCGGACACAACGCGGUCGUUGAGGGAAGCUUGAGUUUUGUCCUGCACAACUACCCGUAGAAAACCACGGAAGUGGAAGUGGAGGGAAGCUUCUCCAUAACAUUCGCCGAAGUCAUGUCGUGUUUAUCUUAUCGUUGCGCUCAAAUUCAACCGCGUAGCUUACAUACAACGAAGCAAAUACGAUAAUGUAGGUUGUAAACGAACUACCUUUACGGUCGUCGUCGUAGUUAUGUUGCUUUAGGCGCUUGGCGUUAGCUACCUGCGUGGCUAAUGAACGAAGAAUUUAGUAGAUUAGUUUUAGGGUAUAAAAUGGUUCAAAACGUGUUCCGGACCGGGUUUCUGGUUCGGGCCACACAUACCGUGCUGACCUGGGUCAUAACGCUGAUUCUGUUCGUGCACAACACCGACUUGCGUCAGUGUGAAGAGCGCGGCGAGCUGAUGGUUCCUGUGCUGUUCUUCCUGCUGGUGGUGCUGUCGGUGCUGUUAUACUUUGCGGUGUCUCUCAUGGACCCGGGAUUCGUCCUCGCGGACACAGUCAAGCCUUCAGAUCUGGAAAGUGAGUCAAUGAUGCCUCAGUCGUCCAGCUGUCGUCUGCGGCGUUGCGGCUUCUGCCUGCUGCAGCAGCCAAUGAGAGCCAAGCACUGUCCGACCUGUUGCCGCUGCGUUCGCCGCUUCGACCACCACUGCCCGUGGAUCGAGAACUGCGUGGGCGAGCGCAACCACCGCUGGUUCGUGCUCUACCUGAUGGUGCAACUGCUGACCCUGCUCUGGGGGCUACGUGUCGCUUUGUCGGGCAUUUCUCCGAGCGCUACGUGGGAGUCGUGGUUCCGUGCCAACGGCUUCCUGUUGGCGGCUUUGUGUGUGGUGGGCGUGUUCUCUGCGGUGGUGUCGGUGUUGCUGGGUUGCCACAUCUACCUGGUGGCAAUCAACUGCACCACCUGGGAGUUUAUGUCCCGCCACCGCAUCGCAUACCUGAGGGAGUGCGAGGACGACGACAGCCCCUUUGACCGCGGCGUCCUCUGCAACCUGUGGGACUUCUUCUGCGUGUGCGGGGCCGUGGCCUGGGAGCAGGUCUACCACAGGAACGCCCAGAAUCCUGUCUGAGCGCCCUCAAGUCCAGAUCUAAGACUUUAAGACUCAAAAGACUUUAUGACCAAAGGUUCUCAUGCGGACAUUGUCUUUGAACUAUGACCCAACAUGGAUUCUUGACUACCUGAAACCAGCAACUCAAUCAGACGUGAAGUAGAUGGUCCAAACAGGAAGUAGAACCCAGCAGGAAGUAGAUGAACCAGACAGGAAGGAGAUCAAGCCGGCUGAAUGGAGUAAGAAUUGGUUCAUCCUUUAAACAGAUUUUAAAACCCAGCACAGAUUAUUGACUACCUCAAGCCAACAAAUCAAUCAGAUGGGAAGUAGAGUAACCUGGCAAGAAAAAGAUGUACCAGACAGGAAGUAGAUCAACCCACCGUUUUGUAAAUGAACCAAACGGGAAGUAGAUGACCAAGACAAAAAGCAGCAACCAGAUAAACCCACAAUGCAAAUGACCUCCACAGCAAAUUUACAAACCAAGACAGGAAGUACGUGAACUUAUUUAAUUUAUUGAGGACCAGACACACAAAAAACAAUGUGGUGAUCGUGGUGGUGUUUGCGCACAUUCAUUCUCUCGUAUACAGUACAUAUAGCAUAAAUAGCAUUUAGUAACAUUUAAUAACAGUCUGGUUCCUUUGUUUUUUUCCCCCUUUCUUUUGCAUACUGACGGUCAUUAUUAAUGUCAAUCCUUAAUAAUGUCUUGACAUAUUUCAACGUCUGCUGUGUAUCGUGAUGAAUAAAUGACUUUUGUUUGUGGCCGUAAA